AGACGCUCUGUGUGUCAAUGGAGGGAGGUGCUCUCGCGCACUGCCAUAUGGACUCCUGAAUCACGGCAGGGGGAAUACUUGUGGAAUAUUUGAGAGAAGAAAAAAAACCAUGUAAAUAUUUAGAGUCAUGGCAGCUUGAAGGCUUGAAGGCAGACCCCACGGGAGUUUUUCUGGAACUUUUCGCUUCUUCCUAAAGAAUGACAACAACAUUAUAGUGUUGGCAACCUGCAAGUGUUUCAGUUCCCACACACUGGAUCACAGCACCCUACAACAAAGAUGAGGAUCCAGGGACAGCCUGAGGGCGCGAGGAGGCGCCUGGAUUUGAAUGCAAUCGGAGAGCUAAGGGGUGUGGAGGUCAUCCGGAGUCGGGCAGGAUAUGGAUUUACUAUUUCAGGACAGAAGCCGUGCAUGUUGAGUGGCAUCCUGGAGGGAAGUCCUGCUGACUUGGUGGGACUUAAACAAGGGGAUCACAUCAUGGCAAUUAAUGGAACUGACGUGUCCGCUGCGGCGCAUGAGACUGUGGUGCAGCUGAUUGGCAGCUGCAAAGGACCAUUGCAGCUGGUGGUUCAUGCAGAAGCCAGAAUCAUGGGGAACCCGAUCCUUAAUGACGCAAAAUUCGGUAGUGGACGGAAAAGUGGAAUCUACCAAAAGGCGGCUGUUCUCCGGACUAUCUCAGAUGAUUCGAGCAACUCGUCCUUUAACUCAGGUGUUGCUGUCAACACCAAACAGAGGCCGGUGUCUGAGCCUGAUAUGUCACAGUGGGCACAAAACUGGAACUCUUUAGCUGAUCGGUCAAAGCAGGACCCAUCCAGAGUGGGGGACUCAGACUCUGUGUUUGCAGACACAGAGGAGGUAAAUGCAGAGUGGAGUGUUUUAAACAUGACUUUGGUGGUGGGCUAUUUGAGCUCAACAGAACUCAUCCUGAACACUACAGACUCAGAGGAGGACUGCUUGAGAGCCAUCAGAGAGCGGAUUCGACAGUUAGGAACAGAGCAGAGUACCCACACUCUGGUGAUGAUGAAGAUUAUGUUUGAUUGCGUGCGACUUUGUGAUGACGCAGGAGCUGUUCUGGCUGCUUUUCCCAUUGAGAACCUUGUCUUAGGGGCUGUUUGUGCUGAAGACCCACGUUUCUUUUGCUUGGUCACUACAGCUCACAUAAUAAAUGGUCGAGUACUUGGGGAAGGUCCCCUGCGGGCCUCCUGCCAUGUUUUCUUUGUCGACCCAGAGCUAGGAAGCCAUCAGGACCACAUUGGUAUUGCUGGACGUUUUGGCUUUGACUGCACACCAGACCCGGAUGCUGAAGGCUGCCUUGAAUUUCCCCUGAUACCCCCGGAUGUUCUGCACUUUGUCUCAGUCCUGUACAGCGACAUGGGGGAGGCUGUGGAGAGGCUUCGAGUCAAACUGGACGUGGAGGCUCAGCAGCAAGGGAAAGAAAAUGGCAAAGAAGGCAGUGCCAGCAGCAAUGGUGACAGCGGAAUUGGAAAUGGUUCCCCCCCUGAGGAGAGAGCAGAUAGGGAUUUUUCUUCUGUGAUCCUAAACCACCCUGGAGCCCACCUCCCCAGCUGUCCAUGGGAUUACCCCAUGUCUGAAGACCUCACCCCAAUAAACCUCUCCAAGAACGGCCAAAAACUUAAUCCGGAGACCAAUUCCAGCACACAUUCCCUUUCAGAGUCUCUACCAGGCCCUGACUCUCUUACCAGCUUUUACGGAGGUCCCCCACCCAGGCUUGAGUUCCAGUUCAAGCCCCCACCACCCCCCCUGCCUCUCAGUAAGAAACCAACCUUCUUUGCAGAUCCUCUCAGAAGUAGCCAAAGAUGGUUCUCAAAGCCAAAGUGGCCAAAAGCACAGAGUAGCGAUCCUGUGCCUCAGGUGACUUCCAACAAUUGCAACAGCUGGUCUUCAGGUGUUAGCCACAGUGCUAGCAUGAACAACCUUCCUCCCCCUAUGAGCCAGAUCCCUCCAAACAGGUACCGGUCAGCGGAGGUCAUGAUGCUGCCUCCCAGAGAGGAAUGGACCAAACAGCUUCUGGAACAGAGAGAAAAACAGCGGAAAGAUGCGAAUACCAAAAAUGGCUCCAGGUUUUGGGGUGUGGGUGUUGGCCGGGCUUCCAAACGUCGCCCUGCCAAACGUCUCAGCCUGGCACGAUCACUGGACGACCUCGAGUCUGCUGCUUCCUCAGACGGCGACUACAGUGGAGUCCAGUUGCAGGGAUGCUGCAGCCAGAGCAGCCUGAACAGUAAUGGCAGCCUUCCAGGAGCAGGCAGCCACAGAGGGCUUCCAGAGCAGCGCGUGGCCAGCUGGGCCUCCUGCUUCGAACGUCUCCUGCAGGAUGCGGUCGGCGUUCGCUACUUCUCGGAAUUUCUCAAGAAAGAAUUCAGUGAGGAGAAUAUCUUGUUCUGGCAGGCCUGUGAAUACUUCAGUCAUGUCCCUGCAACCGAUAAAAAGCAGUUGUCUCAGCGAGCAGGAGAGAUCUACAACAGCUUCCUCUCCAGUAAGGCCACCAUGCCUGUCAACAUCGACAGUCAGGCUCAGCUGGCUGACGACGUCCUCACCUCUCCAUGGCCCGACAUGUUCAAGACGCAGCAGCUACAGAUCUUUAACCUGAUGAAGUUCGACAGUUACUCCAGAUUCCUCAAGUCCUCCCUUUACCAGGAGUGUAUGCGUGCCGAGGUGGACGGCCGACCCCUGCCUGAUCCCUACCACAUCCCCUGCAGUCCUGCGCCCUCCAAACACAGUGCCAGCUCUGACCGCUCCACUCUGUCCACUCCCAAAAAGGAGGCCAGGAAACAGAGAUCAGGGAGGUCCCUGACUGAAGACGGCAGAGAUGAGGGUGCCGACAAGAAACGCGGCAUCUUCUUCUCGUGGUCUCGUAACAGAAGCUUUGGGAAGGGACCAAAGAAAAAGGACAUAGGGGACAUUAACUUAGACUACUGGGGCAGUAAUGGGCGGAGGGAGUCCCAGGGCUCCUUGUCGUCCGGUACCAGCCUGGAGAUGGCCACUUCCUGCUCUGCUGGCAAGAUCGAGGCUGAUAAUCGCCACUCAGUUGGAGUGUGGGAACGCUCGCCCAAACACUGCAGUGUGUUGCUUCCAGACAGUUCCUGCUCCUCCAUCACUCUUCGGCCCGGCGCUUCGAUAAGGGACGUGCUCCAAGAUCUGUGUCACAACAUCAGCGUCAACAUCGCCGCCGUGGACCUCUUCCUGGUGGGAGGGGAGAAGCCUUUGGUGUUGGACCAGGAUUGCAUGACCCUUAGCUCACGAGAAUUAAGACUGGAAAAGCGGACCCUCUUUAGAUUGGACCUGGUGCCCAUUAACCGCUCUGUGGGGCUAAAAGCCAAACCCACCAAACCAGUCACAGAGGUCCUGCGUCCCGUUGUGGCCAAAUACGGCCUCCACCUCAACGACCUUGUCGCCAAAAUAAGCGGAGAAACUGAGCCUUUGGACUUGGGCGCCCCCAUAUCUAGCUUGGACGGACUGCGAGUUGUGUUGGAGCGAGCAGACCCAGCUUCAAGCAAAGACAAAUCAAAGUCUUCCUCCUUAAAGGGCCACCCUCCCACCAGGAGUUUCUCUGCUACAGGAGAUGAGAGGUCAACACCAAAGGACUUUUCUGUGAGAGCAAGUGGACCAGACUCAGGACUCCCAGGGGAAAAGAGAAAACAGAAAAAGAUUAAUAUAGAUGAAGCUGAAGAAUUCUUUGAGCUGCUGAGCCGCGCACAGAGCACCCGAGCCAACGACCAACGUGGACUCCUGAACAAAGACGACCUGGUUCUUCCUGACUUUCUACGCCUGACUCCGCCCGAGCUGGCCUGCUCCACUCCCGACUCCCUGAAACAGGCCCGGGAGAACGGCAUCUCCUCAAGGGGGGCUCUGUCUUCCAGUCUUCGUUCUGAGAGCCUGGACUCUUCCCUCAGCUCCAGCGCCAAUGGACACUCCGUAGCCAGGCGCUGCCUCUUACCCCCUCCUCGCCACCCAACUUUCGGCACCCACCUGUCCCCCAUCUCCCGGCCAUUGGACACCCGACCAAGCCUCCGCACUGUAGAGGAAGACUCACACACCGACCUGACUCUGGUGGGGGAGGGCGACAUAAACAGCCCUAACAGCACGCUGCUGCCGCCAUGCCCGUCCCCGAGGCCAUCCUUUGAGGGUAGCCUGCCUGAAGCCAACUUCACCCCGCCGCCAUCCUGCUCCGAGUCUAAAGACGGGGCAGCAGAGGGAAAGUCCAGCUCAGAGGGAAAAACACACCCGAGCUCCAACACCAAAUCCCAGACCGAUGGAACCGACUCUGCACAGACAGUUCAGGAUGUGAUGGAUGUGGAGGGUGUACAUCUGGAGGAGGGAACCCUCGAAAAAUCCCAGGGAGAAGACUCUGAGCUUAGCAUCAGCUUCCAGGGCUACGUGGCUGAGCUGCGUCAGUGCCAGAGCAAAAUGAGGAACGCCCAGAUGCCCCAAAACAGCCGCAACCCACCUGAGGGCACGGACUGUCAGACAGAUCUUUUCAAGGCCACAGUUGUCUAAAGGGAACCCCCUCUCACUGCUGCACUUUCAAAGCCUGAGGCACUGUCUUUAGAAAGAGAACAAGUCAAACAAUGGGCUGCAUGUACAAAGCUGUCAAUUUACACUCCAAAAAGAUGGAUGUUAUGGUGAUAGAUAUUGUAUAUUUGUUACGAAUGAUGACGUUUUCUUGUUGCUUUUUAGUAUUGGAUGUAAUUUUUGGAACAGUGAUGUUUUUGUUAUGGUAUAGUUUAAUAAUGAGGUGCAUAGCAAUUCUAUCAGAAGCCAUGUUAGACUGAGGACACAAUGGAAGAAGCCUGACUUUAUUUUUUAGGUACCAUUUUCUAAUAUGGACUCUAAGCUGGGACUUAUUGGUUUAUUUUAGGUAAAUGAAAUAAAUUAAAAAAGGUAACCAAGAAGAGAAGUCAUUGAAGUUAUGCAUUCAUUUUGCAUUUUGAGGCAGCUAGAUUCAGUUUGAAGUUAAAAAAAAAUUCAGUUGUCUUUGUUUGGGGAUUUUUUGUCACACUACUUCCCAUAUUAGAAAGCGGUACCCAUUUUUGUCAGACUUCAUACUUGACAGGACAAUGUUUUAAGGAUCAAAAGGGAAUCAAAUCACAAUUAUCUUGGAUGUUUAAUUUUUUUCCUGUUAACAUCUUCUUGUGUUUUUCUUAUCAUUCAUGAUGGUACCUUUAUUGCAUUGUACUUCCUGCUUCUGUGGUUUUGAGGUUGUCCACAUGUGAAAUGAUUAAAAAGCUUUGAUGGCUGCUUCCAACAAAA